AUGGCAGUUGAUGUUCCUCGUACGGUGAUUCAAAAGCUGAUGUUCUUCACCGUGGCCAUGGUUGCACUACCAUUGCUUACUUUCUUCGGGGUACAACAGUACACAAGCAACACCUUGGUAAGUGGUGGGUUAGCGGCCGCAAUGGCCAAUGUUGUGUUGAUAGGCUACGUGGUUGUAGCAUUUUCUGAGGACACCAGCCAGCUUGAAGAGACUAAGAAGGAGAAAUGA